CUUACAAUCUAGCCAAAAUAUCACUAAGGUCCAGUCGAUGUUUAGGGUUUUGAAGUGAUAUUAAUAACUAAUUUUGUCUUGUAGGUCUCAUCUGCCGUAGUGCAAUUAAUUCUUAAAUUCGAAUUAGAAAGUAAACAUACAUGGACCAGAGCAUAGGACUGAAACCAUUUUUGUUGGAAAUCGCAAGUCAAAGAAAACUUAAAGUAGGCCACUUGAAGUUUGACAACUAGGCCCAUCUAGCAUAGCUAGCCUCCUAUUAGAUCCCAUAUCAAAGAACGAAGUGCACGGUGGAUGAGUAUUUCUGGAAAGCACAAAAGUACAAAUACACCACAGUCCAGGCACCCUAACGAAGGCUAAUUUUCCGAGAUGGAAGACACAGCCUCGGAUAAUAGCCUUCCUUUUGGCCAAGGUGCUUCCGCUUUCGGGAGCGAUCCAGGAGAUGAGGACGACUAUAAUCCCGAAAGAAGACUGUCGCUUGACUUAAUGCAUUGGGAACCUAUAACACACGUCUAUGAUGUUGAGAGAGCUGCUUCCCCUGCACCCAGUUAUGUGUCAAUGAAGAGUGAUGACUGGUUAAAUGAUAGAUUCGAAACAGAAGCUGAUGAAGAAUCUCCAACCUGCAUCACAACUAAGAUCCAGCUGGAUAGACAGGAUUCUUCCGCAUCAAGCUGCUGCUCUUUUUGUAGUGAUGAAGGUCAAGAAGGCGAGAGCAAGUCUGAACGAAAGUCACAGAAAAAAUCUUGCAGCCAGCCAAGUCCAACUCCUCCCCUAAAACCAGAGUUAUUGAAAGAUCCUAAUGAGAAGCGGCACCCCGCUCUGACUGUUGAAUUCACUUUUAAGGCUCUUCAAAGCUGCCUGCAGAAACUCGCCGCAGAUGAAUUAAAAAGCUUUAAACGAAUCCUGUGGGAGCGCUACCCAGAGUGCUUUCGAGACCCCCUGGAUGGCUUUGAUAUUGUUGAUGUGGUAGAUAAAAUGCUGGAGAUCUGUGACAUAGAGGUGUCCCUAAAGAUUACACAGCUGGUCCUGAGAGACAUGAACUUAAAGAAGGUGGCUGACUACCUGCAGGGGCUGUGUAAAAGGAAUGAAGUCCGUUACGAGUUAAAAAUAACUCUAAAGAGGAAGUAUGAGAACAUUUAUGAAGGCCUGGCCCAGCAGACUCUUUUUGAGGCUGUUUACACAGACCUCUACAUUACAGAUGGUGGAAAUGCUGCAUCAAACAGUGAGCAUGAGUUUAGACAAAUAGAAGAGCUACAGGAGGGUCGCUUUGACAAGAAAGAAGUCCUAUCUUGCAGGGACAUAUUUAACCCUGAGAUUGUUAAAACAAGGUAUAUAAGGACACUAUUGACUAAAGGAAGUCCAGGGAUUGGUAAAUCAUCUGCAGUUCAGAGGUUUAUACUGGACUGGGUGGACGGGACUGCACACCAAGAUGUGUUUUUUCUUCUUCCUCUGCCAUUCAAAGAGUUGAACCAGAUGGCAGAUGCCGAAAUAGGCUUCAUGGAUUUAAUCUGUAGACUCUAUCCUGAGAUGAAGGAGGUGGAUAACCUUGAAUUUGAAGGCUGUAGUGUAAUGUUCAUCUGCGAUGGCCUGGACGACUGCAAUGUGCCCAUUGACUUUCGCAGAACUGCAUACUGGUGUGAUCAGUCUGAGCCGACAACACUAAAAAUCUUAAUCACCAAUCUGAUCCGGGGGAACCUGCUGUACUCUGCCUACGUGUGGAUCACCACACGACCCAUAACAAUUAAUCUGAUCCCUCCAGAAUGCAUCCACCAGAUAACAGAGGUUCGUGGGUUCACAAACGAACAGAGGGAGGCUUAUUUCAGGAAGGCAAUUGCAGAUAAAGAGCUUGCAGAGAGUGUGAUUACUUACAUCAAGUCCUGCAGGACACUCUACAUUAUGUGCCACAUGCCACUGUUCUGCUGGGUGGUGCGCAAUGUGCUUGAGAGAGAGCUCCAUAACUUGCCAACUGGGGCAGAGUUCCCAAAAGCUCUUACUCACUUCUAUACCAAACUGCUGCUGGUGCACAUUAGCAUGCGUGGCCAGAAAUUGCAGACCACCCAGAGUAAAGAGGGUGUUCUUAAUGAUCAGGACUUUGUCAUGAAACUUGGAAAGAUGGCCUUCCAGUUACUGGAGAAGAGUGUGUUUAGAAUUGAGAAAGAGAACUGGAAAGAGUGUGGUCUGGAUGCUCAAGAUGCAGUGGUCACUGCUGGCCUCUGUACGCAGUUCCAUAGGGAAAGGUUUGUGAUGUAUUAUGAGAAGGUGGACUGCUUUGUUCACCCAACUAUGCAGGAAUACCUAGCUGCCCUUUUUGUUUUCCUUUCUUUCAAGAACCAUGGGAAGAAUGUUUUAGAAGGUCACAAGUUCAAAAAGUUCAAAAAGGAGCCCUCUCUGGUGGAUUUGCAGAAGAAUGCUGUGGACAAAGCAAUGCAUGCCAAAGAUGGCAAUUAUGACAUCUUCCUGCGUUUUUUUCUGGGCAUGUCAGUAGAAGCCAACCAGGAUUUGCUUAGGAGCUUCCUUUCCAGCACAGGGCAUACAUUGCACACCCAGGAAGAAAUAUCACGUUACAUACGAAAAAAGAUCAAGGAGAAUCACCAUCCUGAGAGGAAUGAAAACCUUCAGAUGUGCUUAGAUGAACUUUUCCCUCAGAUUAAAAGUAACUGAACUGGUUUAAAAGCAUACUGGAAAAACGACACUAGGCCAAAGACUGAAACAUAGCUCCUCUCCUCAGAUUGCCAGGCUUGUCAAAGAUAUAACAAGUCUGGCAAUCAGACUUGUCAUAGCUUUCCACUCUGAUUGGCAGUGUUGUUAUGCAUCUUAAAUUGCAUGGAGGAGAAUGCAGUGCAUCCAUUUCUGACAUUACUGUGUUUUGCUUUUACAUAUCAGUCUACAUUUUACUCAUGCAAAUUUUGUUACUUAUGUUCUGUUACUGCUUCACAUCUUGACUAAGUCUUUCAUACUUAGGAACUCCUGGCUCAAGCUAAAAGUAAAAAGUUUGGAAUGCUGCUUAUUUAUAUAUAUAUCUAUCUAUAUAUCUAUCUAUAUAUAUAUAUCUAUAUAU